AUGUCAAUAGCGCAGCGACUCGGUGCCGCUUUCUCCUUUUCUGCCCCUUCAAUAAUCCAGAGCGUGAUGAUUGAGAGAACAUCAUUCGAUAACUACAUUUCAGAAUUGCACUACCCACGACAAUACUGCCACGCCGAUAUCGAGUCCAUCAUUUCUUUUCCGGGUAAAUCCCAUGCCCAUGAAGUCGUUGAAGAAGAAAGAAAAUCCACGUUUUACCUUUUCGUGUCCAUGGCGCUCCGUCGCCUCCUAAAUAGAGCUCACUAUAUGAUGUAUGACCGUGAAUUGGUCUCCAGAUUCACUCAGAUCACUUUCAUUCUGCAAGCCAAGAGCUGGCACGUCAUUUGCAAGACUAGCAUCGAGCUCUACCUCUCAAUUUGCAAUUUCCGGAUAGCAUGGAAACUGCGGAUGACCCCCAUGCUGAGUACCUUAGACAGUGGUAUCUGA